CGAAUUUGUUCACGAAGGAGAGAAAUCGAUACGAGUUUUUGAGGAGUUUUCCUUGCUCAAGUAGAGACUGUUUCUGCUAUAUGCUAUAUUGUUCAAAUGUUUGCUUUUGAAAUUUGAAACUUCCGGACGUAUUGAGAUUUGGAAACUAAGUGGUUUGCAUUUAUUGCAAAAAAGCAGAAUCUUUAAAGGAUUAGUUAAAGGAUAUCGAAGAAAUCUUUGCUACACAUUUUGCUGGUCAAACAAGAAAUAUUCAAAAUGUCUGGAACCUCUGCAUUGUUAAUUAAAAGACAAAUGAAAUUCAAAAAAGCCAUAUCUAUAAAUAUAGCAGCUACAAUAAUAGCUUUUUUAUUAUAUUUAGAACACGUUCUAAAAUCAGAAGCGUAUGGUUCAUAUUUGCAUCUUUUCAUUAUACUUAUGUCAUUGAUCAACUGCUUUAAAUCAUACAAAUCAAUGAAGAGCUAUGAAGCAUUUUAUGAGCAGAUGAUUGAUCAGUAUAAAACAGAAAUGCAAAACGCUGAAGAUUUCAAGGACGUGCUUCCUGAAUUUAAAGAAUUUAUGAAACUCAAUAAUGAGGAACCAGAACUGAAAACUUGGAAUUCAGAAAUGAAUACACCUAUCUCUGUAAUAUGUCUUGCAUUACUAGGCACUUACGCUUUAGCAAAAAUAUUUCAAGAUUAUUUGUUACAUUAUUACAAUAUGAUAAAUAAUAUAUGGUUAUAUAUAUCUUUUUUGAUAACAAUGGGUUACUUAAUAUUUGAUGAUCAAAAUAUAGCAGAAUGUAUGAAUCAAGAUAUUAGAAAUUUUAAAGAACGAAUGAAGAAAUAUACCUCAAAAAACUUUUCUAACUUCCUUGAUGUAAAAUCUGAGAUUCGAAAACAGAGUUGUCAUGGUGAUGCGAGUUCAAAAGUUCUUCAAAACAGUUCGAAAAUUACACGAGAAAUAAUUCCAGAAGAAAAAACACACUUUUACAUAAGUGAUAAAAGCACUAACCAUGAAAAUGAGAACUGCUAUAUAAGUCAAGAAACUACACAUAACAAAGGAGAGACAAAAAAUUUGAAUUUAAAUACUUCAGAUUCCAGAGUCCACCAAGCUGAAACAAAUAUCACAGAAAAAGAAGAAACAGCAGGAAAAUCAGAUAACAACUUACACAAUGAACAGGAAUGCAGAUUACAACUGAUUGCGAAUAUGACAGAAAAAGAAAUUCAUUCAGAGGCAUUUAAUCAAGACCAUAACAUGAAAGAAAUGAAGCAAAAUGAGGAACAGUGGAAUUCUGUUCCUAAAGAAAAUAUCCUUAAACAAAGAGAAAAUAAUAACGGGGAAUUGAAUUCUUCAGAUCUUAACAUAGACGAAGUUGAGGGGAAUAUUGCAGGAAAAGAGAAAAUCCCAGUAAAAGCUUCAGACAACCUACAAGGGAUGGACGGAAAGAAAAACAGAUCAGAAACGAUCUUAAAUGGGACAGGAAAAGUUGCUGAAAAAGACAUUAACGUGGGUGUAUCGACUCAAGACUACAGUGAGAAAGACAUCAAGCGAACUGAAGAGCAGGCGACUUUAGUUCCUAACGAUAAUAUCAAUGAACAAAGAGAAAGUAAUAACGGGAAAGCAAAUCCGUUAGAUCCGUGCACAAACGAAACUAAAACAGAUGUUGCAGGGAAAGCGCAAACAUUAAGAAAAGCGCUUAAUAAAAUACAAGGCAUGAAUGAACAGGAAUGCUCAUCAGAAGUGACCGUAAGUGUGACAGGACGAGAUUAUGAAAAAGACGUUGAUGAAGCUGCAUCGAAUCAAAGCCGUAAUAAGAAAGACAACAAGCGAAAUGAGGCACAAGAGAAUGCAAGUUUUGACGAAAAUAUCAUUCAACCAAAAGAGAGUAAUAAGGUACAAUCAAGUCCUCCAGAUUGCUGUGCAGACAAAUCUGAAACAGAUAGUGCUAAAAAAGACGAAAUGUCACGAAAAACUUAUUGCAACAUAACAUUGAGAGCUGAAGAGUACUGCCCAUCAGAAUCCAUCGCUGAUGUGAGAACAGAUUCGGGAAAAGAUAUUCUUCCGUUUGCAUCGAGCCAAGACCAUACUGAGAAAGACAUCAAGCAAAAUGAUGGACAGACGAAUUCCGUUCCAUAACAAUAUUAUCUUUGAACAAAGAGAAAAUAAUAAUGGGGAAUCAAGUUCUUCAGACCUUAACACAGACGAAGCUGAGAGGAAAAUUGCAGGAGAGGAGGAGACCCCAAUAGAAGCAGAUGGUAACCUACAAGGGAUAGACGAAAAUAAAAACCGGCCAGAAACUAUUGCAAAUGGCACAGAAAAAGAUUCUGAAAAAGAUAUUAACGUGGGUGCAUCGAGUCAAGACCACAGUGAUAAAUACAUCAAGCAAUCUAAGGAGCGGGGGACUUUUGUUCCUGACGAUAAUAUCGAUGAACAAAGAGAAAGUAAUAAUAUGGAGUCAAGGGCUUCAGAUCCUAGCAGAAACGAAGGUGAAAUACAUGUUUCAGGGAAACAGGAAACACUAAGAAAAGCGCAUAAUAAUGUCCGAGGCAUGAAUGAACAGAAAUGCUCAUCAGAAGCGAUCGUAAAUGUGACAGGACGAGAUUCUGAAAAACACGUUGAUACAUGGCCAUCGAAUCAAGGACGUGAAGAGAAAGAUAGCCAGAAAUAUGGGACUUUGAAGAAUUCAUUUUCUGACGAAAAUAUCAUUGAACCAAAAGAGACUAAUAAAGUACAACCAAGUACUUCAGAUCGCUGCACGGACAUAGUUGAAACGAAUAGUACUGGAAAAGAGGAAAUAUCAAGAAAUACUCAUUGCAACAUAACAUUGAGGGGCGAAGAGAACUGUCAAUCAGAAUCGAUCACCGAUGUGAGAAAUGAUUCUGAAAAACAUGUUCGUCCGGUUGCAUCGAGCGAAGAUCACACUGAGAAAGACAUCAAACAAAAUGAUGAAAAGAGAAACUCCGUUCAUAACAAUGUUAUCUUUGAACAAAAAGAAAAUAAUAACGGGGAAUCACGUUCUUCAGAUUUUAACACAGACGAAGCUGAGAGGAAAAUUGCAAGAAAAGAGAAAACCCCAAUAAAAGCAGAUGGCUACCUACAAGGGAUGGACGAAAAGAAAAAACGAUCAAAAACGAUCUUAAAUGAGACAGGAAAAGAUUCUGAAAAAGAUAUUAAUGUGGGUGCAUCGAGUCCAGACCACAGUGAUAAAGACAUCAAGCAAUCUGAGGAGCAGGAGACUUUUGUUCCUGACUAUAAUAUCAAUGAACAAAGAGAAAGUAAUAACAUGGUAUCAAGGGCUUCAGAUCCUAACAGAAACGAAGGUGAAACAGAUGUUGCAGGGAAAGAGGAAACAUUAAAAAAAACGCAUAAUAACAUACAAGGCAUGAAUCAACAGGAAUGCUCAUCAGAAGCGAUAGUAAAUGUGACAGGACGCGAUUCUGAAAAAGACGUUGAUAAAGGUGCAUCGAAUCAAGGAUGUGUGAGGAGAAAGACAGCGAGCAAAAUGGGGCCCAGGAGAAUUCAAUUUCUGGUCAAAAUAUGA